AUGGAGCCUGGUGGGAAUCAUCAAACAGGAGCAGCAGCAGAGAUGAGUAACACUGCUAGUAGUACUGCUAGUAGUACUCGGAGUCUCCCUGCAGAGACAGAAAACACUACUGCUACUGCUACUACUACUACUGCACCAUCAUCUUCUAAUACUCCUGCUACUGCCGCUUCUUCGGCAGAGCCGCAUGCGAACAACACUCCUAAAUCCCUCGAUGCAGAAACCACUACCGACAAAGUGCAAGUGUCCAGCACCACCGCAUCGGGCACGGACGACGAUGAAUGGGUAUGGUCUAAUGGGACAGUUGGCAACACGCCUGCUGCCGAUCGGGACGAGCUGCGGUAUUCCGACACAGGAAGUGGUGAUUGUGGCGGCCAAGUAGAAGCUGCAGCAGCUGCAGAAGCAGAAGAGCAUGAAGAAGUAGUGGAUGCCUUGGAGAGCAGCUGCUCGGUGAAUGAUGUUGCAGCAAACCUUAGUGGCUCGACCAACAACUCAACACCCGUCCUGCUCCCAACGACCAAGACCUCGACGACGACGACGACGACGACGACAAUAGAAAAGACCUCCCCCGAACAACACCUGCUAGAGAUCCCCAUGGAGUCGAAUUCUUCAACCACCGAUUACAAACUCGACAACAAUGACCUGCUCUCGUCGGACACUGAUAUCAACCAGGUCUCCACGCCCGUGCUCGGGUCGGCUACAGACCGCACGCUCAACAUGCUCUCCACGCAGGUCGCAGGCCUCUCCAUGAGCCCGGCAAACCCAGAUUCGGCUCCCUCGGACAUCUCAAACUCGCUAGCCCCCGUCCCCGACAAGCCCGAGCUCAACGAGAUUUCACCUCCGACGCCCAGGAAGGACGAUAAUAAUAAUACAAUUACCAGUAGCAGCAGCAGGUCGCCCAUAUCCCCAGCCUUGCUCCAGACUCUCCCGCUGCCCCAACCUCCGCCAGCUCCACCCCCAAAGGAUGUACCCCCAAAGGACCGAGUCUACCUCGAUCCAGCCCCCUUGACACCUGGCCGCAGCAGGUCCGUCUCCCCAACGCGGGAUAGCUCUGAUCGGGAGUUGCCGAGAAACCCUAGGUCGGGCUCAUCCUCAGAGGACGACGAGCCCGGUGACAAUACUCGUUCGGAGAUCCACAAUAUAUUCGAGCAGAGCAACGAGAAGAGCUCAACAUCGCUCGCCUCCUCAGGUUCACAACCGCCCAUAAUGCACCCCAUACGCUCCUCAUCGCUAUCCAACGAGAGCGGGAAACCCGGGGACACAACAUCACCUGGCCAGGCAUCCCAACAGAUCCCCCAACUUGCGCUGACACCCACGCCCAACGUCGCUGGCAAAGCCCGCGAGGAGGCCGUCCAGUCGCCCAUAGUUUCCCAGCAGCAGCCGCCGCCGCCGCCGCCCGACGAGGACCUCCCCUUUGACUUCCACCGAUUCCUGCGGCAGCUGCGCAAGGGCUCUGCCGACCCCGUCGCCAAGUUCCUGUCGAGCUUCCUGCGCGAGUUUGCCAAGAAGCAGUGGAUGGUGCACGAGCAGGUCAAGAUCGUGCACGACUUUCUCAACUUCAUCUACGGCAAGAUGGAGAGCUGCGAUGUGUGGCGCGACGUCGGCGAGGUGGAGAUGGAUAAUGCGCGCGAGGGCAUGGAGAAGCUCGUGAUGAAUCGGCUCUACACGCAGACGUUCUCGCCGGAGAUCUUGCAGGCGUCGCCGCCGAGCGCGGGGGGGUCAAGGAGGACGCCGAGUGAUGAUAUGUUUCCCGGGAGGCGGGGGCAGCAUCAGGAGGAUGUGGAGCGGGAUGAGGUGCUGGCGCAGAAGGUGCGGAUCUAUGGGUGGAUCAGGGAGGAGCAUCUGGAUAUUGGAGACACGAUAAAAAAUUAUAGGGCUCCGAGAGAUAAGGUUAUUUGCGUGCUUAAUUGCUGCAAGGUUAUUUUCGGGCUGUUACGGCAUUCUAAUAGCGACGAGAGCGCGGAUAAAUUCAUUCCAUUGCUGAUCUAUGUUGUUCUCCGGGCGAAUCCGGAACAUUUGGUCAGUAAUGUACAGUACAUCCUUAGGUUUAGGAACCCGGAUAAGCUUAAUGGCGAGGCGGGAUAUUAUUUAAGCAGUUUGAUGGGUGCAAUUCAGUUUAUAGAGAAUCUUGACCGCUCCAGCCUCACCAUUACAGACGAAGAGUUCGAAAAGAAUGUUGAGGCCGCUGUAGCAGCAAUUGCGGAACGGCCUCCUCCUCCGUCACCCCCGCAGCUCCCACCAAGGAGGCAGUCAUCGUAUAAUACCGAGACUGUCUCUGAGAAGGGCAGGAGAUCUACAGAGGGGAGAAGUUCCACGAGCUCUAAUGAUUCCUCGAGCGGUGAAUCCGAUGAAAAGGCAGCCGUAGCUGGGCUAUUAAGAACUAUACAGCGGCCCCUAACAACUAUUGGGCGUAUAUUCUCGGAUGGGGAGCCAUCAAACGCUACAUUAUCUGUAUCCUCGAAUAGCGGGCCAGCCUUGACCCCUCGUGGCCGCUCUCCUAGUGCUGAAGACAGCCUUCUCACCGCCGUCGGCGGCCGCGGCCAUAGCGGGCGUCGAAGACCUCCUGUGACGGCAGAGGAAGCGGCUGCUCGUCAGGCGAGCGCAGAGACGGAAGAGGCCCGCCGGAUCCAAAGAAGUGAGCACGAGAACGUGGUGGAUAUUCUAAAGGCGAUGUUCCCGGCUCUAGAUAAAGAGAUUAUCGGCGAUGUUGUCAGCAUGAAGGAAGGGAGGGUUGGUGAGGCUGUUGAUGCUUGUUUGGCGCUGAGCGGUUAG